CAUGCACACACACACACACACAAGUAUGUCCACACACACCUGGAGUCAAUCAAUAUCGUCAAGAUCAACCUAUUAUGUACACAUUCAUUCAUGGGCCAUUCUUUUAGUACAGUCUCUGUUGUAUUUUUAGACAUCAGGUUGACGCUUUUUCUGUUUGUGUAUUCUGUGAGGGAAACGUCAAGACUGAUAUCGACAACAAUAGUACCUUGAGAUUAUCCAGUUAUGGCUGUGACACAGCUACUGGUGUCAGCUGUGUUCUUUGUAACUGCUCUAGAGUGUGUUCUCGGUGAGUACUGCACCAAGACAUCCUACUCGUCAUUUUUCUACCAGCCGACUACUACAUUUUACUGUUCUUUCGGCUGCUGUGGAGCAUCUCUGAAUGAGUACUGCUGUAUUGCAAAUGUUGGAUACAUCAUAGGGAUCGUCAUAGGGUGCAUCGCCGGGGUGGCCAUCAUCGUGUCUAUUAUCUGCUGUUGUAUCAAGAAGAGUCAGUAUAAGGGCAGAGUUGUACAGCCAACUGUUGUCGGUGGGCAUCCAGCAAUGAUCAGUGUCCAGAAUCAGAAUCAGAUGUCUUCAUCUAACGGACCGUACCCACCCAUGGCGUACGGCAAUACCUACGGUGUUUAUCCACCACCGACAUUUGGAAAUCCCUACGACGGUUACAACAUGCCUCCGCCAUACCCACCACAACCACCUUUAGACGUGCAAGCGCCCCCGCCUCCAUUCAAUGGCUACGCCCCAGCCUACGAUACAGCUCAAGCCAAACAACCUUUCAUGGAAGGAGCGCCCUACAGUCACCCAGCAUCCAACCCUCACAACUAAAAGGAACUGUCCAAAGUGGGAACACAUCUAAGGGAACACGGCAAAUCGUUCACGGACAUUUCGUUCAACCGAUAUUCCCUUCACAAGACAAUUUGUUCAGCCGACAAUUUGUUCACUCGACUGUUCGUUCACCCGACCGAACGAUUUCUCGUAAAAUAAACUAAAUGUAGGUGAACAGGUCUGUGAACCAGCAGUUGGUGAACGAUUUGUCGUCAUCGUCGAUAUGUCGUCAUCGUCAAUAUGUCGUCAUUGUCGGGUGAACAAAUAGGCGGGUUAACGAAUAGUCCGGUGGACGGAUUGUCCGGUGAACGAAAUGUCAGGUGAAUGAAUUGUCCUAAAAGAUUUGUAGGUGAACCAAAUGUCUGUGAAAGAUUUGUCGUGGAACCUACAUCAAGUGGGCCUUGUUCUGAAAAUUGCAAGGUUCAUUCUAGUAUCGCUGAUAUUCCAUUGCAACAUCUAUUUCCUAUACUGCUGUUUCUUUCUUUCAAAUGUCAGAUUUUAUUGUUUGUAUAAACAUGUUUCACUUUUGAUGGUUAAGACUUCAACAAAGAAACAUUGUUAUUGCACAUGUCUACUUGUAACGAAUGCAUUCUCUUCUCUCUAUUGAAGUGCAUUAGCAACAGUGCAAAGUUGUUGUUUUUUUACCUCGUAUUUUUUUCAGUGAUGAUAAGGUCACAAUGAUAAGUUCAAUGAUGAUAAGUUCAAUGAUGAUAAGUUCACAAUGAUAAUAUUAAAAUAUCAAAUGUUUUUGUUUAAAACUUCACUAUAUCCUAUCUAUAUAUUUUUUUUUUGUGUAAGUAAUGCAGCAUAAGGACACUGUUACAUUUGGAAGCAAGAUGUGUUGCUUAUGAAUUAACUUGUUAAAGCUUCCUGUGAAACUUGAAACCAGUUCCAGUUAACCAUGAAUUAAAUCAUAAUUUUUAAUUAUCAAAAAAAAAAAAAGCAAAACAAAAAAAAACCAGUUAAAACAGGAAGUAAGUUAUUAGUUUGUGAUUCUAUUAAAUCUACUUUUUAAAUCGUUUUUUUUUUCAUUUAUCAUUAUGUCGAAGCUCAAGUUGGAUCGAAGUAAGCUUAAGGCCAUGCCCAUGGCGGCAUGCAAAGUUUGCUGUGAGCAGAGAAGAAAUGUACUGACUUCUUUCUCCCUAAAACUAGAACUAAGUGAACAUGUCAACAUUUAGUCAAGUUGGGGUUGGCACGUACACUUACUUAUUUAUUUUUUGUGUGUUAAAUACAUCUUUUAAAUUCUUAUUGAUAUCAUUUCAUCUAUAUAAACGAAUUGAGUCGUUUUUCUUUUUUCAUCUCAAAUGGGAUUGUGUGCAACAAUCAAUCACGUUCAUGUCCAUAUAUUUAUCCCCCCCCCCCUUUUUUUAUUCCCCUCCCCUCCCCCCCCCCCCUGAAACACGAUGGCUAUUGUUAAACGCUACCGCGUUGUGUCUUAUGCAGCAACAUUGCAAAGUUGUUGUUUUUUUACCUCGUAUUUUUUUCAAUGAUGAUAAGUUCACAGUGCUAAGUUCACAGUGCUAAGUUCACAAUGAUAAUAUUAAAGUAUCAAAUAUUUUUUUCAAUGAUGAAAGUUCACAGUGCUUAGUUCACAAUGUUAAGUUCACAAUGAUAAUAUUAAAGUAUCAAAUAUUUUUUUCAAUGAUGAUAAGUUCACAAUGCUAAGUUCACAAUGUUAAGUUCACAAUGAUAAUAUUAAAGUAUCAAAUGUUUCUGUUUAAAAUUUCAAACGGAGGUAACUCUCAAAAUACGAAAUCAAUAAACCCAGGCGAAAGGCCAACAACAGAAGCCAGUCGACGCGAAUGUCGCACAAGAAGUUGAAGAAUAAUGAAGGGUACUGUUGAAUGUCACUAAACUAAGUCUCUACUUCAGUUACUAAAGCCGACCUUCCUCCUUGGCUGCCAAAAGUCUCCUGUGUUUACUUCCUAGUCUUGUUUUUUUUAAUUCGUCGCGCCAUUGAAGUCGAAACCCUAACCCUAUUUAUGAAACCAAUAACUCCCACCCCCCACCUCCAAUUCCUAAUCGUGCCAUAACACUAUCCAUAACAUAUAUAUUUAUUCAUAAAUCUUUGCACAUGUAUUUAUCCAUCUUAUAAAAUACAGACAUUACUUCAAAAAAAAAAAAAAACGAAGAUGGUUACGUCCAACACAUGUCCUUAGGUAAUAUAGUCAUGCAUGUUAAUCAAUGACUUCAACUCUGCCUAUUUUUGUUUAAAAUUGUUGAUACUUAUCUCGAUGGCCCAGAUAUGUCCGAGUCAAAUGUUUUAUUCUAAUACUUAUUUCAGAACAAUAUUUAAACAUCCUAUUUUUUUUAUUUUAUAAUUAUUUUAUUAAAAUAUGUUUACAUUUUA